AGUUAGCGUGGAAAGAGACAAGCGCUCUCAUCAGUGACGGGCUCACCGGCUGCGUGGACAGAGCUGUGGCGCAGGAGGAGGAGAAGAGGUGCAACGGGGGGACAAGCUGCCUGAAAACUGGAGGAAAAGGCACGAGAGAGGGCGGCGGGAUAAACAGAGCGAUCACAGAGGAGAAGUCAUUCAGAGCAGGGAGAAGGGGGAGAGACCAGGCAAGGACACAGAGGGAGGAAAGCACACAGAGAAGAUUUUCCUGAUGGGGAGAAAAGCUAGAGAGUGCAUGCAUGAAGUGGAAAAGAAGAAGAGGAGGAGAGGGAGCCCGACAGGAGGUCGAGAUUACAGCGCUUGACUGACAUAAGAGAGAAAAGAAGGAGGAGCGUGAGGGCAAGUUGAUGGAUUUGAUUUGGAGGGAGUAUUUUUAGAAGGAGUAGCGGAGACAUGAGAGGAAUACUGAGAUGAGAGAUGCUGUCUCUGAGUCGGGAGAAAAACUAGGAAGGAAGAAGAGGAAGAGAGAAUAACAGGACAGUUAAAAGAGGGGGGGAAAGAUGUUGAGAUCAGAGUGUGACAGAACAGAUUAGCUGGUCUGGUUUCCUGCAGUAAACUACUGAGCGUGUCCGUGAAUGUGCUUGAAUGCCUUCUUCUCCCUGUGGAAGUGCGGCGUUGUGUGUUUCUAACUGUGGCUGUGCUGCUGAUGGACCAGAUGAAACUGUGGCCACCUGAAGGAGCUAACGGCACCGGUUGAAGCCCAGCAUUUCAGUGAUAUCACAAAGUCAAGACAUCUACAGUGGGACAGCAAACAACCGAGCGUGGGAGACCUUUGUGAGUUGAAUUAAAGCUUACACUUUAUAGUGAGAAGAAACUGAUUGCAGUCUUUGGCUGGCAGACACAACUCAUAAGGAGAAAAGCCACAGUGCUGGAACGAGGCGAGAUCUCAGACAACACACUGCACCACACCAAUCAACCCCCCUUUACUGUCAUUUCAUUAUUUUAAUUAACCUUCCCUUCUUUCAUUUGUUUUCUGUCGUCGCUGCUAAGCCCUUGGUAUUUGUAUGCUGCCUUCUCCCUCUCUCCUCCCCUCCCUCCUCUUUUUUCCUUUGCACUCUGUCUCAUCCUCGCCUGUUCGCUGUCACACUAACUGCUGUGGAUGCUGGACUCACUCAUGUAGAAGACACCUUGCUCAGAGCACAUUUGCCUUUCUGAUGUUUUCUGCUCUUCCCCUGCUGGGCUGGAUGAUCCGAGCAUGAUCAGACAGAGAUCUGGAGAGAAGACCAACAAGUAGCUGAGCAGAGUUCAUCGCAGCUUCAGCAACACCAGGACAGAACAACUUAGGAACAUACAGCAUUAGCGUGGAGGUAUUUUUACAUGUGGCAGUGUUGUUUGGGUUGAGAUUGUAUGGGUUAUUUGCGUUCAUAAGGCAAAACACAUAUUCAUGUGUGGAUUAAAGUAGUGGAUUUAUCCUGGAGCUUCAUGUGGGCCCCAGCCCCGGAGGCCUGGCUGGGAAAUGAUUCCUCUCCUGCGGUUGUAGGAGCACUGUGGGCAGCAAUGGCCCAGGAGGGGCGCUGUCUCCGGAGGGGAUCCCCGGCCAUGAUCAGAAAGGGUCGUCAGCGGCGUCACACUAAGCCAACUCUGGCUCAGGUCACAUCCACUUUGCUGUCAAGGACACGCCUACAUGGCCUGAGGUAUGUUUGCAUCCCUGGUGGCUCUGUGGGCCGCAGGGCUUUUUGGCUGCUGGCCCUCUGCACCUCCCUGGGGUUGCUUUUAUCCUGGUCCUCUAACCGUCUGCUCCACUGGCUCUCCUUCCCCACAUACACUCGGGUUCACACUGAAUGGGCCAAAGAACUGGCCUUCCCCACAGUCACUAUCUGCAACAACAACCCUAUUCGCAUCUACAAACUCACCAAGAGCGACCUGUACUUUGCUGGCCACUGGCUUGGCCUGCUGCUGGCCAACCGGACAGUUAGGCCCAUGGUUUUGGACUUGCUACAGGAAGACCGUCGGGCCUGGUUCAGUAAACUAUCAGACUUCAGGCUCUUUCUGCCACCCAGAAACUUUGAGGGAACCAACCUAGAGUUUAUGGACAGACUGAGCCACCAACUGGAUGACAUGCUGCUAUCAUGCAAAUACAGAGGAGAGCCCUGCGGAGCUCACAACUUCUCCUCGGUGUUCACCAGGUAUGGGAAGUGCUACAUGUUCAAUGCUGCAGAGGAGGGGAAGACACUGCGUACCACCAUGAAGGGAGGGACGGGAAAUGGCCUGGAGAUCAUGCUGGACAUCCAGCAGGAUGAGUACCUGCCGGUUUGGGGGGACACAGAGGAUACAGCCUUUGAAGCAGGUGUGCGGGUGCAGAUCCACAGCCAGGCGGAGCCUCCAUUCGUUCAUGAACUUGGCUUCGGCGUGGCCCCUGGCUUCCAGACAUUUGUGGCCACACAGGAGCAGAGGCUGACCUACCUGCCUCCCCCGUGGGGAGAGUGUGAGUCAAAAGCACUGAAGUCGGGUUUUUUCCAGGUCUACAGUGUAACCGCCUGCAGGAUUGACUGCGAAACCCGCUACAUCGUGGAGAACUGCAACUGUAGGAUGGUGCACAUGCCUGGUGAUGCUUCAUACUGCACACCGGAGCAGUACAAAGACUGUGCUGAGCCUGCUCUAGCUAAACUGUCUUCUGCGGAGAGCAGCAACUGCAUGUGCAGGACACCGUGCAAUAUGACCCGCUACAACAAAGAGUUAUCCAUGGUUAAAAUCCCCAGCAAGACCUCGGCACGCUACCUGCAGAAGAAGUUCAACAAGUCGGAGAAGUACAUCACAGACAACAUCCUGGUUCUGGAUGUGUUCUUUGAAGCUCUAAACUACGAAACCAUUGAGCAGAAGAAAGCCUAUGAGGUGGCGGGCUUGCUGGGUGACAUCGGGGGUCAGAUGGGUUUAUUCAUUGGAGCCAGCAUCCUCACCAUCCUAGAACUGUUUGACUAUGCAUAUGAGGUUGUGAAAGACCGACUACUGGACUUGCUGAGCAGAGAAGAGGAGGAGGAAAGUCAUGGAGAGGAUGUGAGUUCCUGCGACCCGGUGGCAAACCACUCUGACUCCAUCAGCCACACUGUGACAGUUCCCCUGCAGACAACAUUGGGCACCUUGGAGGAGAUUGCCUGCUGAAGCCCUCCUCCUUCCCCCUCAGAGCCACACACAUCCAGCAGCUGCCUGCACCAGGUCGCGCCACACAUCCUUUGUUACGGCAUCCUGCAAGACCCUAACAGGGGAGGAGACGAGGACAAGUGCAGGGGUUGGUCUGAGGACGGUGCUGCGCUCUGUCACACCCCUCUGUCUGAGGCACUAAUGGGGAUUAAGGAGCUGUCAGCUGGACUUAUCGGGACUCUCUGUCACCCUGCCCUGUACUGUAGUGGGAGGGUGGCCUCUGCUGCCAGACCUUGAGUGGGAUCUCCAUUUAUACGCACACAGAAAACCUGAGACUGGGUGGGGCAACCGUCCAUUAAGGGAGUCUCAUCCCUGUGCAGAACAUCUAUGUAACAAACACAUUCAUGUUGCUCACUGCCAAAUGAACUGUACAAAGUUGGUCUCAAAGUGCAUGCGUCAAUCUAUCUUGCUCUCUUUACGCUGGACCACAGUGUUGCUUUUCUGUACGUGUGCCAUUUGUCUCUUUAUCUGCAGGACAAGCCCGUGCAGAGGGCCCAGGUGAGACGUCAGCCUUCGAAUGUACAGACUGAACAAUCACAGUUCAGGUGUGAUCGAUCCAUCUUUGAAAUUCUACUCCAAUGAGUAAUUGAUCACUUCAUAAUUAGCCAUCACUAAGGUAGAAGGUUCAGUGGUUGACAAGCAUUGCUGAGAGGAAACACCUAAAUAUUUAGCUUUUUUUUAAACUUAAACAGUGAAAUUUGAUUUGCAUUGGUAAAUUUCAACCUGCCACUUUAUGAUUAAUCAAUCAACUGGAGGAUGAAUUUGCUGUGCGACUCCUGCGGUGCUCAGCUCUUAUUUACAGGCAUCUAUAAAGCGACAUUGUACCCUAACUGUUCAUUUAUGUGCGUAAAAUACUUACUUAUGGCUGCUGCACCUCACCUGAGCACCCAGCUGAGUUAGGUAAUCUGAAUUUGUUUGUCUGCCAAGCAUUUUAUGUAUGGGUUUUGUUAAUCUUUUGUGUAAUUGAGAAUGUCAGGCUGAUAUUUCAGACAGCUAUUUCCAUUUAAUCAAGGACCUUUCACUUUGUCCCUCUUAAAAAGAAACUUUUCAAUUUAAAAUCCAUUUAAUGAUUAUAAAAUGAUUACAACAUAAAGAGACGGGAUGUUUAUCUUCUUUUUAGUAUGCCGAGUCUGCUGUGCUGUGCUGUAAAUAAUUGUGUUAAUUUUUCUCUCAUAAAACGGGUACAAGGCAGACAUAACUGAGAUUUAAAAGACUUUGAUGAAACUUCAACUCAAGGUCCAGAGUUUUUUUUUUUUUUGUUUUGUUUUUUUUUGUUUUGUUUUGUUAAAUACUGUUCCUGCAGUUUUUGGUUUAUGUAACAACCAGUAGCAUUUUGGAUUAGCUGAAUGUCAUGCUGAAAAUGAAAGACACGCUCUGCUGUGAGCACCAGACAUCCUCUUCAGGACUGAACCUUCAGUGUUCAGACUGUUACAUAAAUAACAUGUGGCUUUACACCAAAAGCUUCUGUGAGACUAUUUAGAAGAUUUAGUGUAUCUGAGUUUUCUAUUUCUAGUCCAUGAUCAUGCUCGCAUGGUCUCUGCGAAAAUGUACAUUACAGGUAGGAAUGAAUUCAAGUGCUUUGUGAGACUUUUGAAUUAUGAUUUCCCAUCUGUGGCUCGACCUGCCGUCUCUGUGUACUUUCUCAUGUUGUGGCUUCUGACGAACAGUCCUCCACCGACCUGCGGGGAUUCGAGAUAAAUGAGUCUCGCAUCUCUUGGCGGCGACAACGCUGGCUGUUUCCUCUUUCUACUUUGGCUUCAGUCGUUACCGCAGGAUAGCGAUUUCUCAUUUUGUGAUGCAGCAUACAGUGUGUGUUUUUAAUGUGAAAUGAUUAAAUGACAAAGGUGUUUUGCA